AGUGGACCAAGAGGGGAGUGUUGCGGGUUCCUUUGAAGCCGAAGCCAAUCUGACUGUUCGGCUCAAUGGGUGGUGCUUGUCGCUAUUUCCAUCCCAACUGGUUCACGCGUUACUACUGGGGCUUUAUGGCUUCUGUCAACCUCGCUGGUUUCAUGGCAGAUCAGCAGUACGGUGUGGACCGUUCAAAGAAUCCCAACAUCAUGUGGCCUUGGUGGCACGAGAUCAUGAGGAAGAAGGAGAAGGGUGAGAUUCCCAUGGAAAUGCCCGGCUACAUGCUUGCUAAGUUCCGCAAUGAGUGUGAGGAGAAGUGGACGACCCAGAGAAGCGAUGAGUUCUCAGACUUCCUGAACGUGAUGGAAGCUGAGUGAGCGGAGCACGCGUGCGACGGGUUUGGGAUCAGAAUCGCGGGGUUCAAUGAAUUUUCCC